CUUUAGUAAAAGAAUUAAAAUCAUUAUUAAAAUUAAAAAAUAUUAAAAAAAUCAAAGAAAUUAUUAUUAAUUUGAUAGAAUUAAAUAAAAAUGAACUAUCUAAAAAUAUUGAAACAGAAGAAGAAUCUUAUAAUAAUUCAGAUAAUUUAGAAUAA